CAGGCACAAGAAAUAUGACUUCCCUCGUGCAGCUUCUGUUUGCUUUGAUUGCCUGCGUUUUAGGUGCCCUUUAUCUUUUGGGGGCUCUCCGCAGACGACGUCCAGGUGAGCCACCACUUGACAAAGGCCCCCUGCCCUGGUUUGGUCAUGUUCUGGAGUUCAGGAGAGAUACUGUCAAAUUUCUGCAACGGAUGAAAAACAAACACGGGGACAUCUUUACCAUUCAGCUUGGAGGCAAUUACUUCACGUUCAUCAUGGAUCCACUGUCUUUUGGAGCAUUUGUAAAGGAAGCCAGGGCAAAACUAGACUUCAGCAAGUUUGCCAAGCCCCUGGUUGAGAGAGUAUUCAGUUACAUUCCCCUGCAAGACGAUCACAAAUUUCUCCAGACUUCCAGUACCAAAUAUCUCAUGGGUGAUGGACUUGUUGUGAUGACUCAGGCCAUGAUGAACAAUCUUCAGAACCUGAUGCUUUACAGUGUGGGUAAAGGAGACCACAAAACCUGGCAAGAGGCCGGACUUUUCUCCUACAGCUACAACAUUGUCUUUCGAGCAGGCUACCUGGCCUUAUUUGGCAAUGAGCCGCUCAACACCUGUGGUAACUUGGAGAAAGCAAGAGAGAUGGAUCGCGUUCUGUCUGAAGAGCUUUUCCACGAGUUUCGCAAGUAUGACCAGCUGUUUCCCAAGUUGGCCUAUGGAGUCCUGGGGCCUAGCGAGAGGAUGCAGGUUAUGCACCUGAAGAGACUGUUCUGGAACAUUCUCUCAGUCCAGAGGGUGUGUUCCAGAGAUAACAUCAGCGGUUGGGUGAAGGAACAGGAACAGGACAGAGCCGACCAGGGAAUGGAGGAAUACAUGCGAGAUCGCUACAUGUUCGUAUUGCUCUGGGCAUCUCAGGGGAACACAGGUCCAAGCGCCUUCUGGCUGCUCCUGUAUUUGAUGAAGUACCCCGAGGCCAUGAGAGCUGUUCGAAAUGAGGUGGAUAAGGUUCUUGAGGAGACUGGGCAGAAGGUUAAGAUUGGAGGAUCUCUCAUAAACCUGACCAGAGACAUGCUCCUAAAAACCCCUGUCCUGGACAGCACUAUGGAGGAGACGCUGCGGCUAAUCGCUGCCCCGGUUCUCACCAGAGGUGUCAUAAAGGACAUGAGCUUCGUGAUGGCUGAUGGAAGGCAGUACAACCUCCGUGAGGGAGACAGGGUGGCUAUUUUUCCUUACACAGCUGUCCAGAUGGACCCAGAGGUUCACCCAGAUCCCAACACUUUCAAAUACGACCGCUUCCUUACACCUGAUGGAGCCAAAAAGACUGACUUUUACAAGAAUGGGAAAAAAGUCAAAUACUACAGCAUGCCUUGGGGAGCUGGCACCACCAUGUGCCCGGGAAGGUUCUUCGCGACAAAUGAGAUGAAGCAGUUUGUCUUCCUCAUGCUCACGUACUUUGACUUUGAGCUGAAAAACCCAGAUGAGGAAGUCCCUGAAAUCGACGUGAGACGUUGGGGCUUUGGAUCCAUGCAGCCAGUUAGAGACGUCCAGUUCAGAUACAGGCUUAGGUUCUGAAAAUGAACAAGAAAGUUCCUUCUCUGAUUAAUUUAUUUACAGGGCAAUCACUUAGGAAAAAUAAAUGACAAGGAACAUUUCUCUCUCUCUCUCUCUCUCUCUGUCUCUCUCUCUCUCUCUCUACAACAUAAAACAUGCAAUACCACAAUAAAAUAUAAUACUGCUUGUACUCAUAUGCAUUCAUACACAAAUAACUGGAACGACUGAGUCACUCCUGUCACAACCCUUCCCUCUUUCAGCUGAUUUUGCCUGUUUUUGCCUAAGCUGGCAUUGCCUGUCUUGACUGAAAUGCUCAUUUGUUAUGUAAAGAUCUUGCCUUUUUUGGGGGCUGGAAACAGCAGACAGCUCUAAGAAAAUCAUUUGAAAUUCCAGCUAAUACAAUGAGGCUCAGGGCCAUGGGGCAUUCUGGGAAACUGUUGUCUCAGACUGGUGUAAAGAAUCAACAGAUCUCUUCUUGUGCAACUUUAACAUGUAUCAGUAAAUGACACUGUAUUACUGUCACAGGUUUUCUCAUAAUUGCACUGUGUAAAUAAUAAAUGGUUUGCUGGU